CCUUUAUAAGCCACAGAUCAAGGUCCUAGAUAGCUGUGCUGCUGCUCUGCCUCCCUCUGUUCUGCAGCCCAACCAGAACCAUGCUGCUCAGAAUCUUUGUUUCUGUCUUCGUUGUUGGACUCCUGAGGUUGGACUCAGAAGGAUUCACAGACACUGGCCCAUGGCUGUGCCAGCCAGCACCCAGGUGUGGGGACCAGACCUACGACCCCUUGGAGCAGUGCUGUGACAAUGACACCAUCCUGCCCCUGAAUGCAACCCGGCUGUGUGUCCCCAACUGCAUCUUCUAUCCCUGCUUCCAGCACUGCUGCCUGGAGUCCCCGGGCUCUCAGAAUCAGGCAGUGGUGACAUUCAAGGUCCCAGGCAUGAAACCCGACUGCAGGUCCUCCCCCAUCUCCAGGAUUUGUGCCCAGAUCCAAGACUCAGAACUGAGGAUGUCAACAACCCAGAAAGAGUAAUGGAAGAACACCAACAAGGCAUGUCCAAAAGUCCUCCCUCUAGCCAAAGGACCAGGACAAGGGAAGUCUAACAAGACAUGCAAUUUUUGGACAAUAAUGACUUUAUUCCAGCCAAACUUCAGCAAAACCUUUCAACUCACCUGCUGGCAAGAAGCUACUCCAAAUCCCCCUUGACUUCAUCCAUAUUUCUGUUACUAUAGCAACAUCCCUGAGGCUUUUAAUGUAUAAAGAAAAGAGGCUCUUGUGGCUCACAGUUCUGGAGGCUUGAGGUCAUGGCACCAGCAUCUGAUUGCCUCUGGUGUAGACCUCAUGGUGCAUCACAAUGACAGCAGGGCAUGUGACAGGAGAGAUCACAUCCUAGACAGGAAACCAAAGCACAGCUGGGAUCGCAUGAGAACUACAUCCACCCCUUCCAAAGGCACACCCCGAUAAUCCAGAGACCUCACCCUAGGCCCCACUGCUGUGUCCUACACUGCCAAACUCACAGUGCCAGUGAGGGGUGAUGGGGGAUUAGAAAAGAAAGACUCACAGAGAGUGUAAAAAUAAAUAGCUGGGAUCAAGUGGAGUGCUGCUCUCUGGUGGAAAAGCAGAUGUAAAGAGUCACACCAGCAAUCUUUAUUUAUAUAUGUCUCAUUAUCAGGUUAAAGACUACGCAACCAUUAUUCUUUGUACUCAGGAAAGUUACAGAAACUAGAAACAUCUAUACAACUUUUCCACAGUUGCAAUGUGCAAUGUUAGGAGCUGUUUGUAGAGCUCAAGGGGGUCCAUUGUUUAAAGUUACUGUUAAGAAGGCAAGCUCAGGAGUAGCAGAGCUGGUGAAAUGUUGUGGUUGUCUAGCAUGAGAAUUCUUCUAUCCCUGGGAGCUAUGUGCCUGAGAUCAAGGUUGAAGCUGAUAAGGUUCUUGCGCAGAGCCUCUUUGGGCAGUGUUACCACAGCAGCCGAGCAUCCUGUGCCCUUGCUCUGAAACAUUCCCAAGUAGCAGGCAACCCACAGCCGUGAGGUCAUCAGAGACACCCAAUCUCAGGCACUGCUCUCUCAUCCUCAGUCACCACUCUCCACACCCCACCUCCUAAAGGUUCCACCACCUCUUAACAGUCUUACACUGAGGACCAAGUUUUCAACCCCUGAACCCUUGGAAGGAAAAUCACAUUCAAACCACAGCACCUGCAUGGAUGCUGUCAGAGAAGAACAAGGGGUGGGCUGGGAAAGACAUUCAGUCAGGUAGUGACAAGGUUUCCCUCCACCCAUUUAUCUGCUGUAAAAAUAUUUAAUUCAUGUUAUAUCUUGGAUUAUAAAUUUCUCUUAAAAAUUAUAAAAAUUUUAUAAUUCAAUUAUUUUUUAUAAAAACUAUAAAUUUUGGGCUGGGGAGAUAGCUCAGUUGGUAGAGUGCU